AAUUACUAUUUUACUAUGCAUAUUUAUGAAUAUUCUUGCAGAGAAACUGUAAGGGAGCUGAGCAAACCACUGCGAGUAAAAAAAGAAAUCAGGAGAAGACUCACUGCACGGCGUUCAUUCACACGUGCUGCUUCACAUAAUAUAUCAGGCUUUAAGCAGUUCAAGUACAGCAUGAGUAUGUAUUGGUACAAGGUAAGGCAGUCAGUGGAAGACACGUUCCAUGAUUACAGCCUCUGGCAUAAGGAGCUCAAGGAAAUAGAAGGAAUGUUUGGCACGGGUGUUGGUUCCUACUUCAGGUUUUUACGGUAUCUCUUCAUCCUGAACUUCGUCAUCACUGUUUUAGUGUAAGCCCUUAACCCAUUG